AUGUCAGCGAAUAUAGAGCGUGCACUCGUCCGAGGAGGAAAGGAGGAUGCGGAACUGCAGGCCAGGCGGGUGGAGCUCAUUGCAGCUGCCACACACAAGUCGGACGCAACUGCCGAGAGCGCGGAAGAGUCGGAGCGGCGGAAGCGCAAGGAGGAGGAGGAGGCGGCGGCGGAGGCUAAGGCCAGAGAAAGCGCGCGUUUAGACUACUGCUGGCCCGAGAGCCUCUGGUGGAGCGUGCAGUGCUGCCUGUCUUACAGCUGCCUCCGCCUCACCUCUGCAGGCGCACGGCAGCGACGGCAUCGCAAGGAGGAUAUCGAGAGGGAAACGACGCAGCUGGAGGAGGAGAUUGAAGAGGCGAGAAGGGAAUCGGAGCAGGUGAAGGCCGCGCGUGCGAUGCGUGCAGUGGCGGGCGGGGCGAGCCUCGUGGGGAAGAUGAUCGAGGUGGAGGGCCGUGCGGGCAAGGUCGUGGAGAAAGUCUCGCGCUAUGGGCAGAUUUCUGUAGAUGCGAAGUCGACACUGCACAAGAUCCAGUUCAUCGACGAGGACUCGACUGAGCUGGUGCACCUCAGCAAGUCAGAGUCGACUUCCACCAAGGCAAAAGGCUUCAAGUUUAUCCUGAAAGAGGGAAGCAGGGAUAGUCGUUGA